AGCUCUCCUUCAUCGAAUUGCGGCCGACACUCGCGGGGAACAGGCAAGAAGGGGUUGGCUGAAUGGGCAGGUCAUCAUGUUGGACGGCGGCAGCUCAUGAAAGUCUCCAGCCGAUUUGAAGGGUCGAUAUGCGGCACCAUCUUCUUGCAUCGUCCGUCGUGGAAUUGGUCUGCCAUUGCCGCCUCCGCAACCGCAAUUGCUGCCACCAGUUCCGUGUCGCAAACCACAGCAUCCAUCCAGCUCGGUGACCAAGGCAGCGGACGAAGAAGACAGGUUGCGACAGCAGGCCUCGGCCCAGUACAACAACGACGGCGCUUCCACGGCAGCUGGAGCUCCCAAAGUGGUGGCCUUGUCGAUGGGGUCGCGAGGAGACCCAUAGGAGGCUCCACCGGUUGCCCGCUACUGACCACCCCAUCCCUGCGAGCGACUCCCACCAGUCUGUCCGGCACGAACAGCAGACGAGCACUCGACUCCAACUUCUUCCGCCAUUCGGUCUCUGCUCCUCAAAAGCAGAGCCACACGGCGGCGGCGGCGGCGGCGGCGGCAGCCCCGGUCCCUGAGCUCGUUGCUCAAGCUGGCCCCGAACCCUGUGCCGAUCAGAAGCCCGCCGACUCCGUCUUCUCGGCCCCAUCCGCGCUACAUGACGAUCUGUCGACCGAGUCCCACUCGGGCGCAAACCCACAAUCACAAGAGCUGCCCGAAUCCCAUAGUGUGAAGCUCGGUCAUCUCACCAAAGAAGAGCUGCUUGAACUGGUAGAUCCCUAUCAUGAUCUAAACGGAACGGUCGAAGACUACCUCAAGUUCAUUCGCGAUCCUUACAUGCAUAAUUAUGCGCCCGCUGACAGGCCCCGGUUCACCUUUGUACAAAAUGAAGAUGACUACGAGUAUCCAGGCCCGGACGAAGUGGUUGGCCUGGACGAAUAUGGCCAACACACACUGAGCGAUCUCAGGUUUGCUGUACUCGUGCGGCUGCGCACUCCACACAAGGUAGACCUUGACACGAUCUACGACCUCUACCAACAACUGCCGGAACCGCGCAUGCCCUACAUCAAUGGUCGGUUGCGACAUCAGCUCCUAAAAGCAUUAGGGCAGCCUCAGCGGAGAAACUCCAAGUCCAUGCUGCGGUACUUCGCCGUCAUAGCGGAUGUGAGGAACUGCAGCAUGCCCUUGACGGCAGGGGAGUGGAAUUGCGCCAUCUCUUUUGCAAGCCGAUAUGUUGGCACUGUCACCGAAACCCAGGCGCAGUCUGCCAUGAGACUGUGGCGCGAGAUGGAAGUCGACGCUGGCAUUAAGGCGACCGAGGUAACCUUCAACAUUUUGUUUGAUGUGGCCUCGAAGGCUGGCAACUUCACUCUCGCUGAAAUGAUUUACCAGGAAAUGGUCAGUCGUGGGCACUAUUUCAACCGCUAUCACCACGUAAGCUUGAUCCAUUUCUUUGGGCUCAAGAGGGAGACUGGUGGACUGCGCGCCGCGUUUCGGGAGAUGGUUGAGGCCGGCGAGAUGAUUGACACGGUUGUCCUCAACGCCGUCAUAUCUGGACUGUUGCGAUCGGGCGAGGAAGCAGGGGCCGAGCGUAUUUAUGCUCGCAUGGUGGCUUCCAUCGCGAAGUGGUCGGACGUGUCAUUCCCAACCCGGAGCUAUGCCAGCGAUCGCGCCAUCACCCAGGCGCUGAAGAUGAUGGCCCGGGUUGCAAAGAAAGCUCCCGAGUUGCAACACAGCUUUCAAGAGAUGGUACCAAUGCAUCCGAACCUUCGGACGUAUAGCAUUCUGGUCAAGUAUUACGGCGUUCGGUGCGGAGAUCUCUCCCGCGUGGCCAAGUACAUCGACGAUAUGAAGCUGUUUGAUAUCCCUGUUCACGGCUCCAUCUUCAAGGUUUUGUUCAGAGCUUUUGACCGUCAUGGAGGUUACGCAACUUCGGCAUGGAGCGCGAGGCGGUUAGAAUCAAUCUAUUCGGCCCUGCUAGAAGCCGUAGACGCUGGACGGACACUUAUUCAUGACUCGGCCCCCCCACCAGUUGACGAGGAAGCGUUUACUGAUGAUCAAGCUCAAGAAACCCAAUCUUAUGAGCCAGUUCAGGUCCAGCCAGAUCAUAUCCAGGAGGAACACCAUCCUGAUAUUUACGACGAUGAAGCCGAACUCCCCUUCGAAGAGGAGGAGUACCAACAAAAGAAGGAAUGGGGUGUCGACCGGCCAGGCAUAGAGAUCAAGACCUGGCUGGCCAUUUGGGUCCUGCGCGCAUUCAUGCGAUGCACAAACGGCGACAGAGUCGUCGAAGUCUACGACCAACUCAGGGCCCGCUGGGAGCUCAGUGACAAGGACGAACUAUUCAUGGCGGACUUUCUGUCUUCGCUGCUCAUCAACGGAUCGAGAAGAGGAAAAUGGUAAUACAGUACAAACACAUCACGACAGAAU